GUCUCGGCUACAGUCGAGUUGUGACACAUUGCUACUACAUAUCCUAAAUGUAGGUUUUCAGAGCUUGGACAGGACCGCCUUAAAAGUAUAACUUCUCAAACCCCGGAUCCGACAUUUUGAUCCUGUUCCCUUCAUAAGGACCAACAAACACACAUCAAAGAUUUUCCGACCUUCCAACGUUUUCAAGAUGCUUUUGUGGCUAGUGUUGUUGGGAUGUUACUUCUCGCUCAUUUGGGCACAGAAUGCUUCGUUUACACAAGGGCAGAAGUUUCAGAUCGUACUGCUGGGCAUUCCCGACAUGUCCAAGAUACCUAUAUCACCUAUAGACGCGCCGGUUUGGGAUAUCGAUUUGUUCGACAACCCUGUUACGACAAUAGAAACUCUCAAAGCAGCCGGCAAAAUCGUCAUCUGCUACUUCAGUGCUGGAACAGCGGAAGAUUGGAGAGAUGAUUACGGAAGUUUUGCAGCUGCUGAUCUUGGAAAGGUGCUCCCGGAGUGGCCCAAUGAGAGAUGGUUGCGGACGGGUAGCCAAAGCAUCAGAGCCCUCAUGGCCAAGCGUAUCAAGCUGGCUGCUGACAAGGGCUGCGAUGCUAUCGAUCCGGACAACACAGAUGGAUAUGUAAGUCCUCGUACUGUUACAUGGCAGAAUGACAACGGAUUGAACCUUAAGAACACGGACGCUAUCGACUACGUGCGAUGGAUGCAGCAGGAAGCCGCCAAAUACGACAUGAGAAUUGGGCUUAAGAACAGCCUCGAUAUCCUCAGCGAUGUGUCGCCGAUCGUAGACUUUGCAGUCAACGAGCAAUGUGCGCAACACGGCGAGUGUCAAGCCUACGAAAAUUUCAUCGCUCUCAACAAGCCAGUUUUCCAUAUCGAGUACCCUCUUCCGCUUAAUGCGCAAGCUAUGAAUGGCGCAUCUUGUAAAGGAACAGGCGUGGCUGGACUCAGUACCAUCAUGAAGGAUCUCCAAUUGAACGGCAUGUCGUACUAUUGUGACGGCAGCUAUGUUGAUACACCGACGUUAGGAGGUACAUCGCCACCAAGACCGUCGCAGCCGCCUAAACCACCGAGCCCGCCAAAGACGAGUUCGAGCCGCACAGCCCCAAUGCCAACGCGAACAAGCUCCUCGCGUCCUCAACCUUCGAGCACGAAAACAUCUACAAUGUUGCCAAGUCGCACUUCGUCAGCGCAAAGACCAACAAGUACAUCGGGUGGCGGAGGAGGAUGUAGAUCGAAGCACUGGGAUCAGUGCGGUGGACAGAAUUGGAAUGGAUGUACAAUCUGUGAGUCGCCGUAUACGUGCAAAGGCGUCUCACCACCGUAUUACUACCAGUGCUUGUAGUCUGUUCCAGGCUUCAUGCAGGGAUCUAUAUACUGCUGUACUCGCGAGCUAGAUUGUGAUGAUGCAAUACAUCAUCGUUGGUCGUAGAAUCUGUAGAACAUCUACCUAGGUACUAUUAGUUCAGAGUAGUCAUCUUUCUGCAAGCUGGCUACAAGGGUGAUAUCUUCCGUGGUAGAUUAAUCGGAAGGUAUACUUGCAGAGCAUAGUGUCAGAAGGAUGAAGCUUAGCAUACUUAUUCGAUCAGACAUUUAAUCUACCAUGUGAUUUUGGUGUCGUGCUAUGCCCCCCGAAGUGUAUCCCAUAGAAUGACCUCACUGAAAAAGAGAGUAAGCACUGGUAUUUCAAGAUCGUAAUUGC